GGUGACAAUGGGAGCGGCGCGGGCGGCGCCGGGAGGCAGCUGACAGGCGUCUUCGGCUUUGCUUCAUGGCCGCUUUCCCGCCCCGCCUGGGCUCUGUGGGCAGCGGGGCGGCCCGCGGCAGCCGGGAGCCGGAGCUGGCGAGCCGAGCGGAGACCUGUGCGCGGCGCCGCUGAGGCGCAGCAUGUGAAGGAGAGACGGCAUCCAGUGCGAGGCGAGCCUCUCAGCCGGCCGGGAUGGCCACGACGGCCGAGCUCUUCGAGGAGCCUUUUGUGGCAGAUGAGUAUAUUGAACGUCUUGUAUGGAGAACCCCAGGAGGAGGCUCUAGAGGGGGACCUGAAGCUUUUGAUCCUAAAAGAUUAUUAGAAGAAUUUGUAAAUCAUAUUCAAGAACUCCAGAUAAUGGAUGAAAGGAUUCAAAGGAAAGUAGAGAAACUAGAGCAACAGUGUCAGAAAGAAGCUAAGGAAUUUGCCAAGAAGGUACAAGAGCUCCAGAAAAGCAAUCAGGUUGCCUUCCAACAUUUCCAAGAACUAGAUGAGCACAUCAGCUAUGUAGCAACCAAGGUCUGUCACCUUGGAGACCAGUUGGAGGGGGUAAACACACCCAGACAACGGGCAGUAGAGGCUCAGAAAUUGAUGAAAUACUUUAAUGAGUUUCUAGAUGGAGAAUUGAAAUCUGACGUUUUUACAAAUUCUGAAAAGAUAAAGGAGGCAGCAGACAUCAUUCAGAAGUUGCACCUAAUUGCCCAGGAGUUACCUUUUGAUAGAUUUUCCGAAGUUAAAUCCAAAAUUGCAAGUAAAUACCAUGAUUUAGAAUGCCAACUGAUUCAGGAGUUUACUGGUGCUCAAAGAAGAGGUGAAAUCACCAGAAUGAGGGAAGUAGCAGCUGUUUUACUCCAUUUUAAGGGUUAUUCCCAUUGUGUUGAUGUUUAUAUAAAGCAGUGCCAGGAGGGUGCUUACUUGAGAAAUGAUAUAUUUGAAGAUGCAGCAAUACUCUGUCAACGGGUGAACAAACAAGUUGGAGAUAUCUUUAGUAAUCCAGAAACAGUACUGGCUAAACUUAUUCAAAAUGUAUUUGAAAUCAAACUACAGAGCUUUGUGAAAGACCAGUUAGAAGAAUGUAGGAAGUCCGAUGCAGAGCAGUAUCUCAAAAGUCUCUACGAUUUAUAUACAAGAACCACAAAUCUUUCCAGCAAGUUGAUGGAGUUUAACUUAGGUACUGAUAAACAGACUUUCUUGUCUAAGCUUAUCAAGUCCAUUUUCAUUUCCUAUUUGGAGAACUAUAUUGAAGUGGAGACUGGAUAUUUGAAAAGCAGAAGUGCUAUGAUCCUACAGCGCUAUUAUGAUUCAAAAAACCAUCAAAAGAGAUCCAUUGGCACAGGAGGUAUUCAAGAUUUGAAAGAGAGAAUUAGACAGCGUACCAACUUACCACUGGGGCCAAGUAUCGAUACUCAUGGAGAGACUUUCCUAUCCCAAGAAGUGGUGGUUAAUCUUUUACAAGAAACCAAGCAAGCCUUUGAAAGAUGUCAUAGGCUCUCUGAUCCUUCUGAUUUACCAAGGAAUGCCUUUAGGAUUUUUACCAUUCUUGUGGAAUUUUUAUGUAUUGAACAUAUUGAUUAUGCCUUGGAAACAGGACUUGCUGGAAUUCCUUCUUCGGAUUCUAGGAAUGCAAAUCUCUAUUUUUUGGAUGUUGUGCACCAGGCCAAUACUGUUUUUCACCUUUUUGACAAGCAGUUUAAUGAUCACCUUAUGCCACUAAUAAGCUCUUCUCCUAAGUUAUCUGAAUGCCUUCAGAAGAAAAAAGAAAUAAUUGAACAGAUGGAGAUGAAAUUAGAUACUGGCAUUGACAGGACAUUAAAUUGUAUGAUUGGACAAAUGAAGCAUAUCUUGGCUGCAGAACAAAAGAAAACAGAUUUUAAGCCAGAAGAUGAAAACAAUGUUUUGAUUCAGUAUACUAAUGCCUGUGUUAAAGUCUGUGCUUAUGUAAGAAAACAAGUGGAGAAGAUUAAAAAUUCCAUGGAUGGGAAGAAUGUGGAUACAGUUUUGAUGGAACUUGGAGUACGUUUUCAUCGACUUAUUUACGAGCAUCUUCAACAAUAUUCCUAUAGUUGUAUGGGUGGCAUGUUAGCAAUUUGUGAUGUUGCUGAAUAUAGGAAGUGUGCCAAAGACUUCAAGAUUCCUCUGGUAUUACAGCUUUUUGAUACUCUGCAUGCACUUUGCAAUCUUCUGGUAGUAAACCCAGAUAAUUUAAAGCAAGUCUGCUCAGGAGAACAACUUGCUAAUCUGGACAAGAAUAUUCUUCACUCCUUCGUACAACUUCGUGCUGACUAUAGAUCUGCCCGCCUUGCUCGACAUUUCAGCUGAGGUUGAAUUUACAAGGGCAGUGUGUUGUACUUCAGCAGGCCUUGGUUGAUAGAAAGCACAGGCGGUUUCUUAUGAUACAGCCAACAUUUUAUUGAAAAAUGAUGACUGUUUAGAAAAACAGCAGCCAUACUUACCCUUGAGAUUUUUUUGAAAUUUGGACACUACUAAGCAUAUUUUGCUCUUUUCCCUUAAGUUGAAUUUUAAUUCCGUUUUUGAACUUAUAAAUUUCAAACUCUGUAAAGCUAUAUGUCAUUGUUUUCAUCCUGGAAAAUGUUGGUGUCAGAAGGCAAAUGAGAUGUUACCAGUGUUCUGGUUCAUGUUCUUUAACAUAGUCCAUUGGGAAAUUUCACCAUCCUAUUUUGCACUAAAGAUGGGUAAAAUCCAGCAAAACUACAUUAUUAUUUAUCAAUUUUCAGCACUGGUAAUUGUGAAUCAGGUUAUUUUAGGUUUUUCUAGAGAACUUUUUGCUUCUUUCAGAAGGUUAAUUAACAAUUGGGCAUAAUUUUUGUAGUUGGUUGAUUGGAUUUUUCUGAGGUACAACAAUAAUACUAUUCCAAGAAAAAUGUUAUAAACAAAACUAAAAUGAUGAAAUGUUUUAUGUAGGUAUUAGCAGUGGAUCAGAAUACAUCUGCUUUCUGGGUAAAAAAAAAAAAACUUAAAAGUUUACAAUUUCUUAUUUGGUAAACAGAUUUUUAAGCCAAUGCUAGCAAGAAAUUAAUAAAAUUAUUUUAUAUUUCGCUUAAGAUAAGGUGGAGGAUCUUAACUAAAGGACCAUAUUUAUUCAUUAUUUUAAUGUUAUAAGGGAAGUAAAAAAAUGAGGUAUAGUCUAAAUGGUACAUAUGAGAAGUAUUGACAGUGUUUAGCAACAAUACAGUCCUUUAAGAUUUCUACCUUUAUGCAAAACUGGAAUAAGAUGGAAUGGCUAAACAUGCAGGUAGUCUUCUAUUUUAAGAGGAGUUGGGAAUUGAUAGUUAGCAUUAUAUUCUAAGUCUCGAGAUAAACUUUGCAAGGGCUAGUUGCUUUUUAAAUCUAUAGUUUCUGUCAUUACCUUUUUCAAGGCAUUUCUGAAGCGAUUCCUACUGAAUGUAGUUAAUUGAAUUGGCUUAAUAUGGUGGCAUAAUAAAUCACUUAUAAAAUUUUAAACAUCAAGCAGAAAUUUAGAAAGAUCUUUACUCUAAAAACUAUAAACUUGCUCUGUGAGAAUGCAUUCUUAGCUAUAUGUAGUGUUUCAGCUUUCAUUGUGUUUUUCAUAGUCUUCAGGAACAGAUAAACUUUAAUGUUCAACUCAUUCUUGACUUAUCUUUUUCUUUUAAUGUAGGCUUUUUGGCCUAAUUUUGGAAAACUAAUUUUAAGAAUAUGUUUCUGAAUGUUCAUCAACUUUACCAAAACUUCCAGGUCCAGAGUGAGCUAGCUACUGAUUAAGUUACUAUUGACUGAAUUUUCUUCAUUUUCUGUUUAGCCCAGUGUUAUCAGGGUAAGCAAGAGAAAUGAAGUAUGCCAACUUUUAUCAAAGCAUUUUAGGAAAUUGUGGCAGCUUUAGAAGGCUGUCUAGUUUUCUAUUCCUUAGCCAAAGGAAAGCCAGAACAGGUUUUGGAUACUAGAGAAAGUCAUAUGCUUGUACUAUUGCCGUUUUAGAAAGCUCUGAUGUGAAUUCAAAUUAUACCUCUGUUACUUAAAGCCAACAAUUUUAAAGCAGUAGUUUUACUGGCCACUUGAACUCUUUGUACACAGUGUCAAUUUGUAAAAAAAUAAAAAAGGGAAAAAAAUAUCAAAUAAAACAUGAGAGAACACUUUAAGACUUCCAAAUCAGAAAAGUGCUUCAAAUUAUUUUGUUUGGAUUAAUUUUUUAAAUGUAAAACAUAUAUUUGUUGCUUAGAUAUUUUGUUAAUUAUUAUUUCCAUGUUUGAAUUCUGUGCAAUAUUUUCCAUUAUGUCCAUUGACAGGACAGUAACAAAGAAAACUCAUAAGUGACUACUUAAUUUAGAAGUGUUAACAUUAAUGCUCAAUAAACAAAUUCCCUGCAA